AUGAAGUGCAUCGCAGCUGUAGUCAUGGUGGCCCUGGCCGUGGUUGUUGAGGGUGCCGUAGUUCCGGUGGUCUACUCCGCUCCCGAGACGACCGUCGUUCAGCAGAACGUUGCACCGAACUAUGUUACGUCGAACGUUGCCUACAGUGCGCCAGCCAUCACCGCUUACUCCGUGCCGCAAACGACUUACGUUCAGCAGAAAUACGUCUCGGCGGCACCGGCUGUAACAUACGCCGCGCCUGCUGUUACCGCCUACAACGUUGCUCCGGCUGCCUACACCACCGUACACCAGAACGUUGCCCCCGCUGUUGCCUACUCGACACCGGUCGUCACUGCCUACUCCGUGCCGGAAAAGACCACCGUUGUGCAGCAGAACGUUGCACCGAAGUACGUUAGCUAUUCGGCUCCGGCUGUGACCACCUACUCGGCCCCUGCCGUGUCUUAUGCUGCCCCGGCCGUUUCGUACACUGCCCCGGCCGUUACCUACGCCGCCGCUCCAGUGACGCAAUACAAAUCGGUCGCUCCGAUCCCGACCGUUUACUCGGCAGAUUCGGAAGUGAUUGAGGCUGCCCCAGUUGCUGCGGUUGCCCCCGCCGAAACCGUUGUCGUUGAGCAGCCCGCCACUGCUGUGGUGGCGAAGACCGGUGCCCGUUACGUUGCUGCCACUCCCGGUGCCGUACAUGAUGCGCCUCUCGCCGGACACACUGUCAACCAGCAGGCGUUCAACGUAGAGCCUGCACCAGGAACGCAGUAA